GCUUCUUUCCUACGCUGCUGCUUCGUUUAUCUCGUGAUCUUCCCUUUUCCCUCCAUUUUUGGCUUUUUCUCGAUUUGGGUAGUCCCGGAAAUUUCCUUUUCUUUUUAUAAAUUGCCGACGCCCAACUUUCGUCACUCUGGUUCUUCUUGGAAUUCCCUUACGCGCGAGGGAUUAGGGUUUUGUGGAUUCGGAAGGAGAUACAUGGAACAAGAAUUGGAUAUCAGCCAACGUUGUGGGCUUCACUGCGUUUAAUUUCUUCCUUAAUCCGUGGCGGGUGAUCUGAAACUAGCGCCGGAUUUGUUUCUGUUUCUGAUUCUGAAUGGCUAGUGUUGGGGAAGAGACCAUGGGAGACGGAAGGAAGGCUAAUCCUGAUAUAGGCGUGAUGAAUGAAGGAGAUGUUAAUGUCCUCGAGGAACCUUGCCCGGCCGUCAUCGAAUUUUUAGAUGUUGGAGAUUGCGGGAAGUGUUCCUCAGAUUGUCGUGAGAUGGAUGGGAGUGAGUGGGGACUUUGUACAGAGAAGCAACUAGAGGAGUUGUUGUUGAAGAAUUUGGAAUUCCUUUACAAUGAAGCUAUAUGCAAGAUCGUUUCAUUGGGAUAUGAUGAAGAUGUUGCGUUGAAGGCAGUGCUGAGAAACGGGCACUGUUAUGGAAGUGGGGAUGUGCUGUCGAACAUCAUUCACAAUGCGCUAGCAUACUUGACUAGUGAUGCUAAUGGGGGUCUAGAUGAGUCUGGUUUUGUUUUUGGAGAAUUGAAGCAACUGGAAGAGUAUUCAUUGGCUGGGAUUGUCUGCUUGCUUCAGCAAGUUAGACCCCAAUUAAGUAAAGGAGAUGCAAUGUGGUGCCUCCUUAUGAGUGAUCUUCACGUUGGCCGGGCAAGCGCAUUGGAGUUUCCACUUACUUCAACUGAAAAAGAUGGAGUUCGCAACGAAACGGAAGAAGGGAGCCCACUACCAUCACCCGGAGGUGUCUCAGUUCCUGUGCCAAUUCGUCCUCCUUUAAAUUUGGUUCCUGGAGCUGAAUCUUCUGAGACUUGUAAAUCAUAUGGUGGAUUGGGGUUUCGAGGUGAAGGUCUAACCAUGAGUGGAAUUACAAAUGUCACGGAUCCUACGAAUUUGGUUCCAACGACUGUAAAUGUUGAUGGAGAUCUAAGCAACCUGAACGAGACUCCUGUGGGAGUGUCAAUGUUAAGACGAAAUGCAGCUGCUGUGUUCCCAACUCGCUUUCCAGAAGUCUUAAAAGCAGAUGGAUGCAAUCCUCUCAGUUCUUCCGCAGGUUGCUAUCAUGAUCAUCCUUCACUCACCUUAUGCAUGCACCACCAUAAAGGGAAAAGUGAGUUGGGUGGGCUUUCUUUGUUGAAGAACCAAGCAGAUAUGGUGCAUGGGAGCACGGGUGCUGCUCACCUGGUGACUGUGUCUGCAAGAUCUGAACUGCCUAGUGGAAUUGAUUCCGUGUCAAAGGUUUCUCCUGAAAACUGUGAAAACUCGAAGGAGACUGAUAAUCCUGAUAUUGUAUCCUCCAUAGCAAGUAACCUAGAAAACAUGCAUAUUAGCGACAAACUUGAUGGAACGAGUGACCAAAGAGAUGAAAUGAUCUCCAAAUUAACUCACCAAAUAGGAAUGUUGGAGAGGCAACUUCAGGAGAGAAUGGAGUGGGCCCAAAAGAAAGCACUGCAAGCUGCUAAAAAGCUAAGCAGUGAUCUCACAGAGCUUAAGAUGUUGAGAAUGGAAAGAGAGGAAACUCUGCACCAGAAAAAUAAACAGUCACUUGAGGAUGCAACCAUGAAGAAGCUCUCUGACCUGGAAGCUGCAUUGAAGAAGGCGGGUGCCCAAGUUGAUCGUGCUAAUGCAGCUGUAAAGCAUCUCGAAACAGAAAAUGCGGAAAUCAGGGCUGAGAUGGUUGCAGCAAAAUUAAGUGCAGCUGAGUCAGUUAAGACAUGUCUAGAGGUUGAGAAGCGAGAGAAAAAGAUCCAGAAAAAGCUAUCAGCAUGGGAGAAGCAGAAAACGAAGUUGCAGGAGGAAGUGGCUGAGGAGAAACGGAAGAAUAAUCAACUGCAGCAACAGUUGCAUCUUGUCAAGGAAGCACAAAAGGAAGCUGAGAUAAAGUGGAAACAUGAACUGGAAGCGAAGGAGAAGGCAAUCUCACAAGUGGAGGAGGAAAGAAGAGCCAAGGAAGGCACUCAAGUUAACAUUACAAGGAGGCAGGAGGCGCUACGCCGCAAGAUUGAAAUAGAUUUUCAACGGCACAAGGAUGACAUUCAAAGGCUUGAAGAGGAAUACUUGCGCCUUAAAGCAUCAUCAAGAUCCACUCAGCUUAAUUGCUCGUCGACCACACAAUCAACUUGUGAUGUGGAUAUGGCAAAAAAGGUAAAAGAAUCACAUAAAAAGGCUACCAAUGAGCUGGACAAAACUCAAGAAUCAUCUUGUAGAGAGAACAAGUGUGGUAGGGAAUGUGUGUUUUGCAUGAGAGAGGAGGUUUCAAUAGUUUUCCUACCAUGUGCUCAUCAGGUUCUGUGUGUUGGCUGCAAUGAGGCCCAUGAGAAACAGCCUAAGAAACGUUGCCCUUCUUGUGAUACUGGGAUAGAACAGAGGAUUCGUGUCUAUGGUGUUAGCUCUUAGAUCUGGAAAAGGUUGGUAGGCAACUGUGUUGUAUCAGGGGCAUCGCAUGGCCAAGUGUAUGUUGGAUAUGCAUUGUAUGUCAGAAUAACUACAUUUUAAACAUUUUCCAAGUCAAGAAA